AUGACGAGGAUAAAAAUCGUAGCGAUUGCCACCUUCUGGUGCCUCUCUGUAGCCGUAUCUUCUGCUUCUGAUGAGCUCCUACAAGCAAUUAACGCGUCUUCGCUACUUGAGCUGCAAGAUUCUAUUGAUACAGUGCUUGUCUGGUCCCAGUACGAGCGCUUCUUGCUCUCAAAAAGUCGUACGACGUCUUUCGUGCUCUACUUCACACCAGUUUCAAUCUGUUCCAAUGAGAACCACAAAGACGAUGAUGAAUGGGAGGAAUCGAGUGAGACAGCAGAAACAUUUACUACUCCUCAAGAGAGUUGUGGGGACCAUGAGAAACUGGUAAAAGCAGCUGUGGAGGUCGCGGCUGAGACAUUGUCCCCUCAACUUCCCAUUGUUCGCUCAGAUAUCCAUACAUGGUCCAAGUUACUUCACUAUCAUUUGGUGUCAUCAACGCCAUCACUUUUGUGGAUACCUGAACGUUCAUCUGGUCGUUUCCAGCGCUAUCCACACAUUGAGACUAAUUUUCUGGAUCUAAGCGCCAAUGGGUCGCUUUUUUCCAAAUUAAAUCGUGAUGAUGCUGACGAACAGCACAAGAACUUCGAGAAUUUUCAAAAUACGACUCAAGUAGACAAGAAGAUUGUGGCCAAGGAGAUUAUUGCAUUUGUGCAUUUGUGCCAAGAACGAAGCGGCUACCUAGUUCGUAAUGCACGUGGGAUGCUAUUGCCAGUCACACAAAUGAGUCGUGACGAUGACGCUUUGUCAGGGCUAGAUAUGAUUCUGAUCGUUGCCGUUUUGACCUUUAUCGCUUUCAUUGUUUACGAGAACCGAGACUUUGUACAUGGAGUGGUCUGCAUGCGAUUCUUCUGGUUUGUGCUCUGCUUGGGAGUUAUUUUUGUUGUGUUGAGCGGACUUUUCCAUUCGAUCAUUCACCGCCGAGCCUGGUAUUAUUUUAGCCGAAUGCACGGCUUUGUUUUUGUUUAUCCAAGUGCGCGGCGGCAAUUCGUGUUGGAGGGUCUGGUAAAUGGUACUUAUAGUUUCUGGUUGUCUCUCGCAGCGAUGAGUAUUACAGACGUUUUGCCGACAUUGCGCUCAGAAGUGGCAAGAGCGGAUCUCAUUCGAUGGUCGUUAUUGCUUGUGGCAAUAUCGUAUGCGGCGCUGAAUUUUGUGUUCCUUAUCAAGUACAGGUGGUUAGCUUAG